AAACGUCAUAAACAAUAAUACACCACCAUGUACGUGGAAUGCUCGUAGCGGACCACUCUCGAACGGUUCGAUAGAGUCAAAGUCAGAAGCGGGUAGAACGAGCGUAAAGUGUGAAAGAAAAGGCAACGAUAUCUCGAGUGGUCGGAUGCCGGAUGAAAGAUGGAAGGGGAUCGAGCAUCGUAUUCGACGUCCAACAGAAACUGGCAGCGUGGAAAUUAUCGGGUCCGCGGCGGAAGACGAAGAAAACGAAGGCGGAAGCCGUGGGGCGAGAGGAUCGCGGACUGGACCAGGGCUCUGAUAGCCUUCCUCUUCAGCAACGUCGGUAUAGUGUGCCUGGUGGUCGGAUAUACCAUAGCCGGGGCCUUCCUCUUCACCCACAUCGAGGGUAGAAACAACCUGGACAUCGUCGGGGACGUGAUCAGGUUGAGGAACGUGACAGCUGCCACCCUCUGGGAGCUUACGUCCAAGGAGAACGUGUUUUCCGAGAGGAUCUGGAAAGCGAAAGUGAAGACGAUCCUCGAGAACUAUCAAAAGAAAAUGGUAAUGGCCAUAAAGAACGGCUACGAUGGCGGGGAGGAAAACAAAAGGUGGAGCUUUGCUGGAGCGUUUCUCUAUUCUCUUACAGUGAUCACGACUAUCGGUUACGGAAACAUUUGUCCAAAGACGAAAUGGGGCAAAGUGGUGACCAUAGUGUACGCCAUAAUAGGCCUGCCACUUUUCUUGCUGUAUCUAAGCAACAUCGGUGACAUUCUUGCGAAAAGCUUCAAAUGGACCUACGCUCGUUGCUGUCUGUGCAAAUGUCGCAGAAGGCCAUUAGAGGCGACGCCAAGAGGAAAUACUCACGAUAACGCGGAUGUAAGGAGGAAUCAUUGGCAAAUGGUCGACAUAGAUGGAAGAGAAGUUGAUUCGUUCAGCGUGGACAAGAAUAUUUCCUCGGAAAAACACGAUACGAAAGAGGAAAAUGACGAUGACAGUAGUAGCAGUAGCUACGAUCCUCAACAAGUCACUGUACCUUUGACACUAUGUGUCGCCAUAAUGGUCGGGUACAUUUGGGCCGGAGCCAUCUUGUUUUCCGAAUGGGAAGACUGGAACAUGUUGGACGGUUCUUAUUUCUGCUUCGUCUCCCUGUCGACCAUAGGUUUCGGCGACAUCGUGCCGGGUGACAAAAUCUACGCGGCCCAGGGCCUCGAUUUAUCCUUCAUCUUCUGCUCCAUGUACCUAAUGCUCGGUAUGGCAUUGAUCGCGAUGUGCUUCAACUUGAUGCAAGAGGAAGUGAUCGCGAAGGUGCGCGCGUUCGUGCGUACCAUUAAAUACAUAUUCCGAUGCGACAGGUGACCAUAACCGGUCUCAGCCACGUUCUGCUCCUCUACGACGCUCGGUAAUUAUAACGUAAAAUCGAAAAAUGGCCGGAUUUCCAGUGGUCGAUUUCAUCCCCUUACUGCAGUGAAUUUGGGCAGCAAAGAAAAUUACACGAUACAUACCUGUAUUUCACGUACCUCUAUAUAUCCCCAGAGUUCUGUAAUUUUUUCAAUUUGCGAACUGGGUACUUUACCACGUUAGACAAAUUCGCUACGGAACAUUUCACCGAAGAAAUCGAAAACUAGAAAAGAAAAAAAAAAGCACCAAAAUUCCUACGUUUCCCUACGCUGCGAAUUAAUUUGUAGCAAGUUUCACGACAGGAUCACGAUGACGAUUCGAUAACUCGGUAUCGAACGGAAUUUGCGUUAUGCCAUAAUCUCGCCUUAGAGAAAACCACAGGAAUCCUUGGGACGCGAUAAAUACGAUAUACGCGCGAGCUAUUUUCGAAAAAAUGUGCUGUCUUCCGGCGAAAGCACGCGGCGCGAAGAAACGAGGAGAGAAGUUGUUUCUCUCGGCGGCGAAUCGCAGAAUAGAUAAAGAAGAAGCAAAAAGAAGAUAGUAGGUGAAAAAUGAAGCCUUCUUUCGAGAGGAAAUAUAAUGGGGGCGUGAAACGAUCGAUCGACGGGAAUUUAGCGCGCCGAAAGAUCGAGCUGAAACGCUCGUUUACGCUUUCAAAGACAUUGCUUUCAUUUCCUCCGAGCGAUGGAAUAUCCAGCCGGGGCAAAGAAAAGCGUUAAAAAUGGAAGAUUUCAUUAUUAUGCGACACCGUCUACAGUUUCAUUAAAUACCCAAGUUAUUAACCGGGGUUAUUAAUUUUGUUCCUCGCUUUUGUUCUUAUUACGAGAUUUAUAAUUGCAUGGAAAAUUGUGGAUGGAUGCGAUUAAAAUCUUUCUCAUUUUGUUCUCGAAGAACGAGAUUUAACAAUCUGGCCACCCUUGCACGAUAAUUAACCAAAUAAUAAUUAUAGAAAUUGGAAACUAGAAGCACAUUCACAUCGGCAGACGCGAAUCGACGUCUUGUGUUUUUCGAGCGUUACCGACGGCAGACGUAAAACGACGUUUUUUAUCUUUUUCAAGCGUUGCCGCAUAUUCCAUUUGCAUACUUGUCUUGCAAAAUUGCGCGGGAGAGAAGACUAGAUGCUCACGGCAGCGUACCAACGUCAAAGUCUUAAUUAGGAUCGCUUUGGCUAUGAUAAGUAGCGAAAUAAAAGAGUCGAUAAACUCUUCCGGUAUUCAUCCAA